CCUCUUCCAUUCGUUCAACUCCAGCCAGCAAACUCAAACAACAUCAUCUCCUCUUCGAUCUGCAUCGAUCCUGUCCCGGUCCGUCGCAACCGUCAACCUCGCUCCUCCGAUUCAAUCACACGCACAGGCAUCAAGCAGCGACCACAGCAAGCAGCAUGGAGGUCUCGUCGUCCUCGGCGGCGGCGGAGGUCCCCCACUAUUUUCUCUGCCCGAUCUCGCUGGAGGUGAUGCGUGACCCGGUCACGCUCGCCACCGGCAUCACCUACGACCGCGCCAGCAUCGAGCGCUGGCUCUUCGCCGACGGCCACGCCACCUGCCCCGUCACGCGCCGCGCGCUGGCGCCCGCCGAGAUGGACGCCACGCCCAACCACACGCUGCGCCGCCUCAUCCAGGCCUGGUGCGCCGCGCACCAGGUCGAGCGCUUCCCCACGCCGCGCCCGCCGCUCGACUCGUGCCGCGUCGCCGCGCUCCUCGACGAAGGACGACACGGCGGGGACCGCCAGGCGGCAGCCGCGCUCAGGGAGAUCAAGGCCGUCGUCGCAGAGAGCGAGCGCAACAGGCGCUGCGUCGAGGCCACGCCAGGCGCCGUCGACUUCCUCGCCUCACUUGUCGCGAAGCACUCAUCCAAGCGCGCCAGCAGCCAGCAAGACGCCGCAGACGACUUCGUGCUGGAUUCUCCGACCUCCACGAGCUCGCCGGCGGAGGACGCGCUCGGCGUCCUCUACUCGCUGAAGCCGUCUGAGCGGAGCCUUGCCCAGAUCUUGGAACGGGACGCCGACUUCCUCGACACGCUGGCGUGCGUCCUGCGCCGCCCGAGCUACCGGUCGCGCGCCUACGGCAUCCUUCUCCUCAAGGCGAUAACGGCGGUCAUGACGCCGGCGCGGCUCAUGACGGUGAGCGCCGACCUGGUGCAGGAGGUGGUGCGCGUGGUCUCGGAUCGGGUGUCCUCCAAGGCUGUACGGGCGGCGCUGCACGUGCUGUGCCGCCUCUGCCCCUGGGGCCGGAACCGCGUCAAGGCCGUCGAGGCCGGCGCCGUGGCCACGCUGGUCGAGCUGCUCCUCGACGAGGGUGGCCGCCGCGUCACCGAGCUAGCCGUCGUGGCCAUCGACCACCUCUGCGGCUGCGCGGAGGGCCGGUCGGAGCUGGUCGCGCACCCGGCGGGGCUGGCCGUCGUGUCCAAGAAGGUCAUGCGGGUGUCCGUAGUCGCCACCGAGAGCGCCGUGCGCGCGCUCCACGCCGUGGCCAGGCAUUCGCCGACGCCCUCCGUGCUGCAGGAUAUGCUCGCCGUCGGUGUGGUGGCAAAACUGCUGCUAGUGCUGCAGGUCAAUGCCGGCGAUAGGGCCGGUAUCAGGGCAAAGGACAUGCUAAAGACACACGCUAGGGUUUGGAAGGACUCGCCAUGCCUCCAAAGGGAUUCUUACCCUUGCUGAUACAUACAUAUACUACUACAUGUACAUUACAUUGAUAUUUGUAGCCAAAAGGAGCACACAUUUUGAUUCUCCUUUUCAAGUUUGUUACUAAUUAAAUUAUUUUAGUUUGUACAUGUACAAAUUCUUUCAUGUUUCAAUCAAAACGAAAAAGAAUGUAACACGUUCUAGUCGCUCACGUCCUUUAAUUUAGAGAUACAUAUAUACUCUCCAAAUUAAGUGGAAAAUGUAUCUAUUUUCGUUGUUGGUCCUCAGUGUACAUUUGGAAUAAAUCAGAAGUUGUACA